ACAAUACCGUCUAACAAAUUUCUAGUUGUUAUAAGAUCUUUACUUAGCUGCAUUUUUUAAUGCCAAUUCUGAUUUUUUUUUUUCUUUUUGUUCUGAAUAUUUGAUAAUAUAUAUUUGGUCAAUUGCAGCAACCACGUGCCGUUACAUAUCCAGAUAUCCGUUGCAGCUGAGUGUUGCUCAAACUGUUCUUGUAAGAAAAACUUGGGCACAUGCACGAAAUCAAGGAUCUAUUGAACCAGCUAUGAGUAUAUUUAGGAACAGUUUUUUUAAGAGUCCCGAUAUACGAGCACUAAUAAUGGCUGGUUCUAAAAAUGCCGGUUACGAGCGAUUAAAAAAGCAUGCAGUAGAAUUUACAAGUAUUAUGGAUCGGCUAAUUUCUGGAAAAGUUGAAGAAAUUGAGGCUGUUGUAGAGGAUCUGAAAAAAGCUGGAAAACUACAUGCAUUAAUUCCGCGUGAUCAGUAUGCCUGCCCAUUUCGGACAUCACAGUUGGAUCAAUUUGCUGCAGCAAUGAUUGAACGAACUCUAGAAUGGGGUGAAAAAAAGGACCGAACAGAGGUAACGCAAACAGCGUGGACAAAAAUAGUUCUUUUUGUGGUGGAGCAGAUGAAAUCCGGUUUUCAUGAAGCAAUCCGUGAAGAACGACGAGCACGACAAAAAGACGUAAACCCCACUUUUAUGUUCAAAGCCACUAUUUCAACCACCAAUGAUUGUAUGCUUCACAAUUGUUGGUAA